UCUCUCUCUCUCUCUCUCUCUCAGUUUCAAAGCCAAAGUACUACAUCACUUUGGUUCUAUAAAGACACGCAACAGAUGCAACAAACCCAAUAAAGGAAAAAACUGAAACAAGCCCAUAACCUUAAGCAAUUCUCUCUCUCUCUCUCUCUCUCUAUCUCUCUGUAAAGUAAUAAUGGGGGAUAUGUACGAGUAUGACAAAAAGUCUUCCUGUUCAUCUUCAACUUCAGCUCCUCAGCCUCAUCUUCAGCAGCUUCCUUCAACUUCUGCAAGUGCUCCAGAUGAAAUCUCGCUUUUUCUUCAUCAAAUCCUUCUUCGUUCAUCUCCUUCUUCUUCAUCUUCUCUCAUGGCCAACGCAGUUAAACAAGGGACAUCGAAUGUAAAUCCUGACCGUACUUGCCGAUCAGCUCUUCUCCAAGAUGGGAUCUCGGCCGUUGAGUCUCUAAGUGGUAUCAGCGCUGGCUCUGGUGGUGUUUUCCUCUCCAAUGUGUCAACCUCUUCACUUGGAGGAGCGAGUGAGAAUGAGACUGAUGAGUAUGAUUGUGAAAGCGAGGAGGGUCUUGAAGCGUUGGUGGAAGAUGUGCCUGACAAACCAGUUUAUCCUCGUGGUUCAUCAAAGAGAAGCAGAGCUGCAGAAGUUCAUAAUUUGUCUGAAAAGAGGAGGAGGAGCAGGAUUAAUGAGAAAAUGAAGGCAUUGCAAAAUCUGAUUCCAAAUUCUAAUAAGACAGAUAAGGCUUCGAUGCUUGAUGAAGCUAUUGAAUACCUAAAGCAGCUUCAGCUCCAAGUACAGAUGUUAUCAAUGAGAAACGGGUUGAGUUUGCAUCCUAUGUGCUUACCAGGAGCACUGCAGCCCAUCCAGUUCCCCCAGAUGAGAAUGGACUUUGGUGAGGAAUAUAGGCCCCUGCAUUUGGACAUGACAGGCACAAAUCCUUUGAACAAAGAAACCCCAUUGCAUGAUGCAUUCACUCUACCCAACCAAUGCACUGCAUCAAACCAGCCAUCAGUAUCUAAUAUGUCAAAUAUAAUAAAUUCAGAAACCUCAUUUGGGCCUAUUCAGGCUCCUUUAGGACCCUUUCAACUGCACACCUCAUCUGAGGAUCUUUGCAGGGAAGACAUUUUGCAGCAUCAGCAAUCAAUUGUGAACCAUCCCGAUACCAAUCCAGUAGAAAUUGACAUGGGAGCCCCAGCAUCAGUAUCACUUCCCUUUAAUACACAAGCAUCUAAUCUAAAGGACAGUGGCUCUCUCCAAACAUGCAUUUCGGGAAGAGAGCGGUCAGAAGGUUUGCUUCUAAGGAAUAUAGAGCACAACCUUAUACUUACACCACAUUUGAGCAUGAACACAGGAAGAAGUGCCUCCAAUGACGAUGCGAAGAUGGAAAAAUGAGAGUUUUGAAGUUUGCUAAACUGUUUGUCACUCCUUAACUUUUUGAAUAUGGUUUAGCUAGCCUAGCUUUUGUAAUUCUUCAUAUUUGCUUAAGAUAGACUGGUAUUUUUAACUUAUCUUAAGUUGAGCUGCGAUUGAGCAGAAUUUGUCUGUCUCUUCAAUGCAUUGGGGUUGGGCAAUGCUUGUAGAACUAAUGGUACAAAAUGGGAGAUGAGCCAUAUAUAAAGUUAUCCUCAAGCUGAGAAUUGUGUCCAUCUAUGAGGAUAUAGGUAUAUGAAAAAAUGUUAAAGUUAUUGGUUUUAGCCUUUAAGCUGAAAAUGAUGCAUGAUUAUUGCCAUUCAGUUGUACGUGUAGUUGGGUAAACCUGUCAAUGACAAUGGCAAAAACCUAACUAGGUGUCAUCAAGGCACCAACUACCCCAUGCUAUUGCCAUUAUCAGUGUGAUGAUUUUCUAA